AAUAAUCCGAGGCGACAGCCAGCGCAGCGCAGCAGCACGGCGCCCAUCACCAACCUCUCCCCUCCCCCACCACCGCGUCAAGCCCCCCCUCCUCCUCCUCCCAGAUCGCCGGGAGCCAGGCGCCGGCGAGGGGAUGGCCAAGUCCAGCGCGGACGACGCGGAGCUGCGCCGGGCCUGCGCGGCCGCCGUGGCCGCCUCCGGCGCGCGCGGCGAGGAGGUGUCCUUCUCCAUCCGCGUCGCCAAGGGCCGCGGCAUCUUCGAGAAGCUCGGCCGCCUCGCCAAGCCCCGCGUCCUCGCGCUCACCACUAAACAUUCGUCAAAAGGCGAGGCAGAUAAAGCUUUUCUCCGAGUAUUGAAAUAUUCAUCAGGGGCAGUACUUGAGCCAGCCAAACUUUACAAGUUGAAACAUCUUACGAAGGUUGAGGUUAUUUCAAGUGACCCUAGUGGUUGCACAUUUGUUCUGGGGUUUGAUAACCUUAGGAAUCAGGGUGUUGCUCCUCCACAAUGGACGAUGCGAAACAUUGAUGACAGAAAUCGUCUACUUUUUUGUAUCUUGAACAUCUGCAAGGAGAUACUUAGUUAUCUUCCAAAAGUUGUUGGAAUUGAUAUUGUGGAGUUAGCUCUCUGGGCAAAGGAAAAUACAGUGACACUGGAUAACCAAGAGAAUAACAAAGAAGGGCAAGAAACAUCUGUUGCUACUCAGACCGAGAGGAAAGUAACGGCAAAAGUUACUGUGGAAAAUGAUCUCGUGUCUCAAGCAAAGGACGAGGAGGAGGACAUGGAGACACUUCUUGACACGUAUGUUAUGGGCAUUGGUGAAGCUGAUGCUUUCUCCGAGAGAUUGAAGCAGGAGCUUGUUGCUUUGGAAGCAGCCAAUGUCUAUCAGUUGCUGGAAAGUGAGCCUUUAAUAGAGGAGGUUUUGCAGGGUAUUGACGCUGCUAGUGCAACCAUAGAUGAUAUGGAUGAGUGGUUGCGAAUUUUCAAUCUGAAGCUGAGGCAUAUGAGAGAAGAUAUUUCGUCGAUCGAAUCACGUAACAAUGGCUUGGAGAUGCAAUCUGUAAAUAAUAAAGGACUUGUUGAAGAGCUGGAGAAAUUACUUGAACGGUUGCGAAUUCCGCAGGAGUUUGCAGCAUCAUUAACUGGAGGUUCAUUUGAAGAGUCACGUAUGCUGAAAAAUGUUGAGGCUUGUGAAUGGUUGACUGGGGCCAUUCGCUGCCUCGAAGUGCCAAAUUUGGACCCAUCCUAUGUUAAUAUGCGGGCUGUUCGGGAAAAAAGAGCAGAACUGGAGAAGCUGAAAAUAACUUUUGUUCGACGAGCAUCAGAGUUCUUGAGGAACUACUUCUCUAGCUUGGUGGACUUUAUGAUAAGUGACAAAAGCUACUUUUCUCAGCGAGGGCAAUUGAAGCGGCCUGAUCAUGCAGACCUAAGGUAUAAAUGCAGGACCUAUGCUCGACUUCUUCAGCAUUUAAAGAGUCUGGACAAGAGCUGUUUAGGGCCCUUAAGAAAGGCGUACUGCCAUUCUCUUAACUUGCUACUUCGUCGAGAGGCACGUGAAUUUGCAAAUGAACUUCGUGCAAGUACGAAAGCACCAAAAAAUCCAGCUGUUUGGCUUGAAGGUUCUAAUAAUGCUGGCCAGAAUGGCAAUAGUGCUGAUACUUCAACAGUAUCUGAUGCAUACUCAAAGAUGCUUACGAUAUUUAUCCCGCUGCUUGUGGAUGAGAGUUCCUUUUUUGCACAUUUUAUGUGUUUCGAAGUACCUGCACUUGUUCCAGCUGGUGCUCCUAACGUCAACAAGCGUAGAUCUGGAGCAAAUGAGCCUGAUGAUGACGACCUGAGUCUUAUGGAUCCGGAUGGCAAUGAUAUCAAACCAGAUAAUACAUCUGUGGAGUUGGGUACAUUGAAUGAUGCUCUUCAAGAACUGCUCGAUGGAAUCCAGGAAGACUUCUAUGCAGUUGUUGAUUGGGCGUACAAGAUUGAUCCCCUGCGUUGCAUUUCGAUGCAUGGUAUUACAGAACGUUACCUUUCUGGUCAGAAAGCUGACGCUGCAGGCUUUGUUCGCAAACUACUUGAUGACCUGGAGUCAAGAAUAUCAGUACAGUUUAGCAGGUUCAUCGAUGAAGCGUGCCAUCAAAUUGAGCGUAAUGAAAGAAAUGUGCGUCAAACAGGAAUUCUAGCCUACAUCCCGAGAUUUGCUGUCCUUGCAUCACGGAUGGAGCAAUAUAUUCAAGGGCAAUCUAGAGAUUUGAUUGAUAAAGCAUACACAAAGCUAGUUAGCACAAUGUUCACAACUUUGGAGAAAAUCGCACAAAGUGAUCCUAAAACUGCGGAUAUUGUACUGAUCGAGAAUUAUGCUGCUUUCCAGAACAGUCUUUAUGACUUGGCUAAUGUUGUGCCAACUCUUGCAAAGUUCUACCACCAGGCCAGCGAAUCCUAUGAACAAGCUUGCACUCGCCAUAUCAGCUCACUCAUUUAUCUUCAAUUCGAGAGGUUGUUUCAGUUUUCUCGAAAAGUCGAUGAAUUGACAUACACAAUAGCUGCUGAGGAGAUCCCUUUCCAGCUUGGGUUGUCAAAAACUGAUCUAAGGAGGGUGCUGAAAUCAAGUUUGUCUGGGAUUGACAAGUCGAUUGGCGCCAUGUACAGAAGAUUACAGAAGACAUUGACUUCUGAUGAAUUGUUCCCCUCACUAUGGGAUAAAUGCAAGAAAGAGUUCCUGGACAAGUACGAGAGCUUUGUCCAGAUGGUGACGCGGAUCUACGGGAACGAGCCUAUAAUGCCGGUUGCCGAGAUGAGGGACACCCUCGCUAGCUUCUAGAUACAAUUGAGUACAGCGCAAUGUAUCAUUUUCACAGUGCCGUGGCCCUAUCUAUAUUCAAUUCAUUCUAUUGAAUUUUGCAGAUUCAUCGCCUUUCUCUAGGCCUUGUUAGGAUGGGUUCUACAUGUAUGUUUCCUUGUCAAAUUGUAUGUGUGUGUGACUGACUUUUGUAUAGAAAUGGAUGUGAGCUGUUGUCUGUUGCGAACCCCGGGUUCUGUUGUGGCAAAGGAGUAUGAAUGAAUGGGUAACAAGUUUGGGAAA